AUGACUCUAUAUAAGAGGAGGAGGAUGAAGAUGCCAAUGAUCAUCAAGAAGGAAUCUGUCAAUGAGAUGAUGAUGAAACACAGUCAGAUAAGUGAUUCAGUAUUUAAGGAGACCAUCACUGCAAAAAAGCUCCCUACUUUGCCCUCUCCCACUUUCUCACCUCAAAAAAAAGGGACAGACAAUCACCUUCGUCGCCGUGUCAGACCAAAAUGGCCUUCUUCUUCAUUUGUUUCAUCUGAUGGAUUGAUUACAGCCAUGGCCUACCACUUGCCUCAUGUCAUGGAGGACAGGUCAGGUAACAUAUGUAUGGAUGGAUGGAUGUAUAGUUUGGUAAGACUUGGGAAGGCCUAGAUGUGCUGGAAAAAUUGUACAGAAAAAGUAGCUGGAAUAUUUGGAUGUAGGACAUUGUUUUGAAUGUUAUUUUGCUUCUCCUUUUGCUAAAGGGUUAAAGUUUAAACAUCAUUUAUUGAUUACUUGAGUUAAGUUGGUUUAUGUGUCUUGUUUUUAGCUUGUGGAUAUCAGUCCAUCAAACUUAACUAAUCAUUGAGAAGCUUAAUUUUAGUAUUAGAAUUUUCUUUUUCGUAUUGUAUCAAAUACAUUCUAUCUUACAUCUCUGUCCAACAUAUUUAUAUAACUAGCUGCAAAUUGCUCAUGGUUGUAAUUUUUAUUCUUUUAUGCAUCUUUUCAAUGUUGAAUUGAUUUUCCUCUGUUAAAAGUUACGUGAAUCCUUUUUGCUCUUAGUACUUUUGACUGAGUAUGUUACAUACAUUUCAAACAGGCUUCUUUUGCAAAACCUCAAGACUCUGCUGCUAGAGGCAGCAGUGGAUCACAAGCAUCUAAUGCUCCACAAUUGGGAUCCAAAACAGUUUCCAGAGGUUUAAAUUCAUCAUUGAAGCUUCUAAUUAACAAUUGUUCUUUUUUUGUUCUUUAGCAGUUUUCACAGUGGCAUGUGCAUUUGAGUGUUUAGGGUUCGAGUAAUGAAUGGAUUGCAGUAAUAGAGAUAAAGAUGGGGUCUGAUCUUCAGGAAGUGAGAGCCACGAGACUGAGAAUAGAGUUUUUAUGUUCUAAUGGACCUUUUGUUUAUUUGUUUGUGAUAUAUUAUUUUGAAAAAUUUUUCAUUUGUUAGAAGAAAUGAAGAGAAGCCAAAUCUAAAGCAA